AUGCACCAUUACUGUUAACUUUAGUUAAUCUUGUGUCUUAAACUACAAGUAAAAGUAGCUAAAGUUGGCAUCCUGACAGGAAGCUUUUCAGAGUAAAGCACCUUACCAAUCAAUACCUCUGCAAAUCUCCAAAGCAGUGAAAAAGAUUCUCACCUUUUACUUAAAUUCAGCACUCACUUAAAAAGUUUGUAAUGAAAGUUAGACUAAAUUAAGGGUGAAGGAAAAAGGACAUACAUGAAAAAAGCUCCAUUAAUUAUAUUAAUGGGAUGCAGGUUUAGAAACCACGUAUAUAUUAUAAAACAUAUUCAUUGGUUACAUUAUGUUCAGUAGACUAUAUUUCUCACCUCAAUGCAUUUCUCAAAAUGUUACAGUCUGGCAUGUAACCGUGGAGUUAUUUCUGUCUCUAGAUGUGAAUCUAUAUAUGGAGUUUGCACUGUAACAGUACAUACUGUACAAUGAUCUAACUGUGUUAGAGCAGCAUUAUAUAUACAUAUAUAGAUAUAUAUGAUAGAUAUGAGUCUUUGUGGUAAUUUUGGGAGGGGUCAGCGGGAUAUUUGGUCUCAUUUUUGGUAUAAAAAUACUGGAAACAUCUAGUCUCUCUCUCUCUCUCUCUCUCUCUCUCUCUCUCUCUCUUACAAUUCACCUCAUGUGAGUCUCUGUCCUCUGAAAAGGACAAGCAGUAAGUCAGUCAGAUGAGUGGCAUGUGUAGCUGUUGUGCAACUUUCUAUCUGUAUCAAGUGUCAAAUAGACCAAGGGCAGGCAGCACAAUGCCGGAAACAUGUCAUUUCCUCCUUCAGAAUAAAACCAGUUUAUUUUAUUAGAGAUAGAUACCAAGUUUAGCACCAUUCUGUUAGACAUUGCUACCAUAAAGUAAGUCUCCCUCCAUUAAAAAAAAUGGGUUUUGCUUACUUUAACUUCAGUUGAAUGUUUGAGCUUCAUUGUGCAGAAUGAUUGUGCAGAGUUUGACACUAGAAGACAGUUGCUGAUGAAGGGGGGAAGUUUAUUUGUGAAAUCUGAGUUUAACACACCAGCAGAAUUUACAUCAGAAAUAGUUUGGAAAUCAGUCGUGGUCAAAUAUGCAACUUCGAAAUCAGAAUCACUUUUGUUGGCCAGGUGUGUGUGCACGUACAAGGAAUUUGACUGUGGUUUUACGUUUGCUCUCAAUGUACAAACACAGACUGACAGCAUGAAUAAACAGAACAAGUUCAACAAAAAAGACAGAAUUAAAUGUACAGUUACACAUAUCUAUAAACAAACAUUUGUAUACAGUAGACAAUAGUGCAAUGGUGCAAAGGAAUAACACAUAUAGCCAAAGAAUUAACUAACUAAAAGAAUGUACUACUAUGACAAAACUUUACAGUGAAGUAGGAGACAUCUUGUGUCCUGUAGUUUAACGUUUUUUAAUUAAAAUAGCUCCAUAGUCAUAGAUUCUGGAUUUUUUUAAAAAUAUAUUUUUAAGCACUUAUGCUGUUUUGUGUAAAAACCAUACUAUUCAAAACAGUCUGCAUCAACAGCAUCACGAUAAUAAACAGAAUCAAUGUGAGAUAUAUUAUAUAAAAGAACUUGAAAACAGACUCACUAAUAUAAUUAGUGUUUAUAUUCUGAAAGAGCCUAGAGGAAGUGUGUUUACUUCCUGCUCCCGCUGCGUUGUCCUCUGCUGUCCAAUACACGAGCUGAGGAGGAGCUAAAGCUGUUUUUUAAAGUUGACUGUCUUGUUCCUCAGAAAAAAAGGAAUUUAAAUCGAAAGCGUAAACUCCUGACUGACAUGUUGGUGGUUUACAGUGUGAACUUCACCGUCUUCCUCCCUGACGACUGUUGCUCAGGUAAAUGACCGUUUCCGCCUCAGAUAAAGCUCAUUUACAACCUUUGCACCUUUUUUUUAAAUAAGAGUUAAUAAUAUUUUUACAGUAGACAUGUAUAUGCUGUUUUUUUUAUUUUUUAUUGUUGCUCUAUGGUUAUAUAUUGUCAGUAAAAUGUGUACAUAUUUAAAUCUCACAGACUGUUUUUGAUUCAUUAAUCGAUUUAGUAGCCUAAUUUGGAAGUUUGGUAUUUUCUUACAGAAGUCUAGCUGUAAUUUAAAUAUUAACUCAGAUAAAAACCUGCCAGGAAAUACAGCUACACAUACACACACACACACACACACACACACACACACACACACACACACACACACACACACAUUGUAGUUUGUAUUCAAAGACAAUAUGCAGAUAGGAAUGCCUCUUCUGUCGGUGAUGUAACCAUUUAGGAAUUAGUGCUAUGCAGAUUACAUAAUGACUAUCUAGACAAUCCGGUCUGGGUGUUAAUGAAUCAGUUAAUAAAUACAGGUGUGCAUAUUAUAUAAUUAUAAACUAUAUAAUAUGUGUCAUAUAAAUAAGUUUAAAGGGCGUUUAAUGCGGGUUUGUCGCGUAACGCACGUUAAACUACACUACCCAUGAUGCCUUUCGGUACAUCCAACCCCCCUCCAACCGUAAGCGUUUUGGCGAGAAACUCAAAUCACGGGCGGGAGAAGAUCCGAGUCAGUCGGUUGUAACGUUAAGAGUUUGAAGCCGAACGAGUUGUUUUAGAUAUAGUUUUUAAUCGCCGACUGAUUCCUGAAGUUAAAUAACCGUUAAAUGUUAAAUUAGUGUGUUUUUUUUUUUUGUCGAAGAGGAGGCAGAACAACGAGUUACUAACCAACAGCAACGACUAACGUUACCGAGAGGAGAGACGGGGAGUUAUUCAACAGUUUGAAGAUGAUCAUGAAGGCGCAGAAGCGGAAACUGCCACCAGAGGACGUGGAGGUUUCGGACCGAGGCAGCCCUUUCUGGGAGAGCCAGCGUCAGUUCGUGUUCUCAGUCUCCCUCAACAAGUACCAGCGUGGCCAGGAGCUACCUGAACCCAGCCUGCGGAGGUCUGUUCUGAUAGCCAACACACUGCGGCAGGUCAGCCUGGAGGGAUGUAUGGCGCCCCCUGAAGACAGAGAGGUGUCGCAGCCACCAUGUAGCUCUUCAUCUGCAGUCCAGGAGGGUUUUUUCACAGCUGCAGCAAUACACCACUCCUCUGUGAUGUUUGCUAACAGCCACUCAGCUCUCGCCAGCUGCCCUCUCCUUUCUUUAAAUUACUUGUCAAAUUGUGCUACAAGUAGGUCUCCAGCAAGCUGCCACUCAAACGUCCCUCAGUCUGUAAAAGACGAAGAUGAGGACUGGGGAUCGAUGUCCAUGGAUCCUGAUUUCUCCCUUUCAGCCGCCAUCUCCUCUAUUCUCACCGCACUGGACUCCACUAUUGACGGUAGCCCACAGGCAGCUCAACGGACACCUCUCAGGUCCUUGGAGAACCUGUCGGGGCCCUCUGAGGGAGGCGUGGCGUGGGUGAAACAGGGGGUCAGAGGUUAUGGGGGAAACUGGGAGCCGCAGGAUGAGUGCAGAGUGCGGGAGAGCAGCAUGGAGGCGAUGAGGUCCAGCUACCUCACCGAUCUCACUGUGGAGGAUCUGUUCCAGGACAUAGACACGUCCCUGCUGGAGAGGGACAUGGGCGUGCUCGGGCUCAGAGGCAGUGGCGGUGGGUACCCAGCUGGGGAUGACCUUUUACGGUACCUACCGCCUUUCUCCUCCUCCUCCUCCUCCUCCUCCUCCCCCUUGCAUCCCUUCUCCCUCUCUUUCAACCAGAAUCUGAAGUGCCUGCCUUCAUUCUCCUCGUUCAGCCCGUCAUCCUCCUCUUCACCUUCUUUCUCUGCGCCGCCCUUCUCCAGUCAGAAUCAUAUGAGGGAAGGACUUGAGCUGGAGCAUCUGAUGGAGAUCCUGGUGGAGUCCUGAUAGCCUCAUCAUCAUCAUCAAUCAUCAUCAUCAUCAUCACACUGUAAUCCAUUUCAACAGGAAGUAACCUGAACACUGUUCAUGUAGUGAACAAAAACUGAAUUCUCAAAGCAAAGAGCUGGACUGUCAAACAGAUCCAAUAGUCUCUUUGUUAUUAUAUAUUGUUCAAGAAAUUGUGUAUUAUGGGCUUUAGAAAGUAGUAAGAAAUGCUUUAGAGAUGUAGAAAUGGUUGAUGUCCAUAGGUGGGGUAGUGUGAGUAGUAGCUGUGAUGCAUUUUGUUUUUUGUAAAAGGUUUUCGGCAAAAAUGGAAGUGAAAACUGUGUAGGAAGUAAACCAGAUAAGGCUGAGUUUCUUUCUUAAUGACUAAGCAGUGACUCAUCACAUAAUGAACUGCUGAAAAACCAUUUUACUUCACUUUCCAGCAUGACUCAGCUAAUUUGGAAAUAAGGGGGGGGGGUCAGGUUGCUGUUGAGAGAAAUUUACUUCAGCAAAUUUGCAUCACAGCUUCAAGUAAUCCCGCGUUCACAUUGAACAUCCCGGUUUAUGUGGAGUGGGAGAAGAGAGAUGUACUGGUGUGGAUUCGUGCAGCGGACCGAACGUUGGGUGUAAAAUGUUAAUGCGAGUUCAGAGAGAAUGCGAUUUGGCUAAAACACUAAUAUUAUGGGUAAAAUCUUCUGUGAAGAAAAUCCUUUAACCACGUAUUUAUCAGUGAGUUAUAACGGGGCCAUGGUAUCAGGUGCUAAGAGAUCAGGUUGGGGUUUUUAAACAGCAGGAGCACCACCGUGAAAAUGUGCUUCUUAGUCAUCAAAACAACGUUUGAAUAUUUAUGAUAUCAGGUGGUUUGAAAUCCUCAAGAACCAGAAUUGUGUUCAGUUACAAAAAAAAAAUGAAAAUUUCAAGUGUAAAGUAUAAUUCUUGAAUGUUAUCUUUAACUGGGUGAUUCUUCUUUGUAUCCCUCAGUUUAUCAUCAGUUAUAUUUCAGUAAGCAGCAGUUGCAGGUGCAGUACGAUACAUUUCCUGAAUGUAAACAGUGAAUAUUACUCAGUUAUUGCCUCGCAACCAGCUGGCUUCUAAACUCUGUCCCUACUUAAGGCUGAAAAGAGUGAAACUACAUUUCUGUUUCCUCCUGAGAGUCCGAGUGCAGCUGCAGCUCAGGAAGCAGAGUAACACGUGGUUGUUCUGAAACGAUGUCAUUUUAAGAGCUUUUAUUCAAAGAGCCUUUUACCGUACUGUGAUUGUAUAUGAAACAUCCUCUGGGGCUUAAUGUGGCAGUGCUGAGCCACUGUAGCUGAAGUCACAACCACUACGCAACAGCUUCUGUUGUACAGAUGUGAUAUUAUUGAUCGGUCCUGGUGGGAGUUCAGCGCCGCGCUUUGAGCCACAUUGGCUGACGGGAGUCCGGACGGCGCUGACCUCGACCCUGUUUGCUCAUCAUUGGGUCAAUUUCUGCUUGUUUUAGUGGGGGUCACAUGGUUUGUCUGGUUUACAUCUGAAUUAUUGCACUUUUGUUAAUAACAUGCAUUUCUAAGUCAUGUGAGUAUUCGGUGAGCAGUGGUAACAUUACAGGUGAGAUUUGGCCAAAUGAUUCCCUUUGAACCCAUAAUGUUGUGUCCUAUUAAAUGUUCUGUUUAAUGCAUGUUGUUGAACACUUAAAAGGUGUUUUAACUGUAAGUUAACCAUCUGUAGAUGUUGAUCCGGCGUUUGAAACCAACGCUGAGAUCGUUACAGGAAGCACGUGUCGCCUGUUUGUCAGGUUUUUGUACUUUUGUCUCGUUUAUGGAUUGAAGUUGCUUUCUAUGCAAAGGUCCUUUCUGAAUAGCUCAAACUAUUUAUAAACGGCAUAUUUUGUUAAGAUGAGUAAUUUAAUGUCCUAACAUAUUUGAAUGAACAAUUCACUAAUGGUGUAUUAAUAUACCGUCACGGCAGUUAUUUUAUUUACUUUUAUUUUCUCUACAAAUAUUUUAAUGCUUAUGUUUUGAAUUUGAGAUACUAUGUAUUUAGACUUUUGUUUGUUUUUAAAAGAAGGCAAAUGUCUGUUUACUUAUACUGACAUUUUUAAUAAAUGUGAAAAUGAAA